GAGCCAAACACUUAAUGGUGACGCCGAAGAGCGUAACCCCCAUCCCGACCCGGAGGCUCUCCAGCGUGUUGUGCAAGCUAUCGUGGGUGGGGACACCACCAUGGCCCUUGCCCUCAUGGAAAGCGGCAUUCCCAUCUCAGGAUCGCUCCUCCCUCAGCAGCUGCGCGCCCCUGGAACGGAUUUCAAUAAGCGGAUGGACCGCAGUCGUGAUACAAUUCUGCAUUCUCUCCUACGUGCCACGAUAGAUCAAUUUCCAGAGAAGGUGGACACUGUGAAAUGGCUGUUCCACAGCGGAAUCGAUCCCCUCGUGCAAGGUGCCUUGGGCGAUACAGCGCUUUACCUCUUGUCCGGCGCUCACAGAUUUCCCGAACCUCUAGAAGAGAUCAACCAGCUAGCGCUUCUGAAGUACCUCCUUCGCAAUGACGAGGAAGCGCUCAGACUUCCGGGGCCGAUGGCAUCUGCCUGUACGCGUGCGGACUACGUCAAUCUCCGCAAUGACUACGGCAACACAGCACUAUCUAUCGCUGUCUUGUACGGCUAUGAAGAAUGCGUCAGGCUCCUCUUGAAGAGUGGCGCCGACCCAGACGUGAGGGGGAACAUGACCGCAAGCCUCUAUCUUGGGCCUUAGAGCGAGGCAACGUGAGUAUUUCGAACACGCUAUUGGAUUUCGGUGCUCGUUUCGAUUCGGAAAUCCUAAGAGAAGCUUGCAUUGCUAUGAUGAGGAACAGCGCUUUCAUGGGGAUCAGGCAAUGAAGUAGAGCAAUGUCGCUCGGUGGUCUCAUUUGUUGUUUUUGUAACACAGUCCUGAAGCAAUGCCUAAA